AUGGCCCCUCAACGGCGAUCCAUCUACAUCAAUUCUGCUCCUUCGACGAUAGUGUCGCCGCCCGCGGCCCAAGUCCGGGCUUUUCAUGAGCAGUUCCCGGGAUACCAGGCCAGUCCUCUGGUGCCCUUGCCCGAAGUCGCGCAGGAACUCGGCGUCCGUGCAGUGUAUGUCAAACAAGAAAACAAUCGUUAUGGCCUACCCUCCUUCAAAGUUUUGGGAGCCUCAUGGGCCAUUUACCGGGCGCUUCUGGCACUCCUCGACCUCCCCCUUGAGACGUCUUUAGAAACCCUCACGGAGCGCAUCCGGGCGGGUGAGCCUUUCACGUUGAUGGCCGCCACGGAAGGAAACCACGGUCGCGCGGUGGCCUGGGUGGCUCGUCAACUAUCUCUACAGGCACGCAUCUAUGUCCCUCGCACGAUGGUCGCGUACACCCAGGAAAUGAUCCGGUCGGAGGGUGCGGAUGUUAUCGUGGCCGAUGGGGACUAUGACUAUGCCGUGCUGGAGGCCGCCAAGGCAUCGCAAGCGACGGAAAACGCAAUCCUAGUACAAGACACGGCUUUUGAAGGCUAUGAGGAGAUCCCUGCCUGGAUUGUGGAGGGCUACUCCACGUUGAUGCACGAGGUAGAUGUGCAGCUACAGGCGCUGGGUCAGCAAAAUACCCUGGUCGUUUCGCCUGCGGGCGUCGGAUCGCUGGCUCAAGCGGUCGCGAUCUAUUCCAAGUCGCGCACAAGCCCGGCGACUUUUGUGGCUGUCGAGCCGAACACUGCUGCUUGUCUGAACCUGAGCCUCAAAACAGGCGAGUCGACCUCGAUCGUCACUAGUCCCAGUAUCAUGGCCGGCAUGAACUGCGGCACGGUGUCCUCCGCCGCCUGGCCGGUUCUGCAGAAACUUGUCGACGCCAGUGUCACGAUUUCGGAUUAUGAGAGCCACUGCGCCGUCCAGUACCUUGCGUCAAACGGGGUAGACUCGGGUCCAUGCGGGGCGGCCAGUUUAGCAGCUAUUUGGCGUCUCAGAGCAGAGCAUGAUUCUCCCACGUACUUUUCGCCAGACUCGGUGAUUGUAUUGCUGAGCACUGAGGGUCGUCGUCCAUACCAGGUCCCGGAAGAUGUCUCGUCAGAUGACCCGAUUGUGUUGACCCAGACCCUUACACGAAUUGACUCCUCCAACCCAACAUUGUCCAAGGCCAAGGGAGCGGGCGAGACAGAUAUCGUCAACUAUCUGUCGGCGUGGUUUGCGCAUCGUGGCAUCGAGCAUCAUCGCGUGGAAACCAAGCCCGGCCGUCCUUCUGUGGUCGGCGUCGUCAGGGGAACUGGAGGGGGGAAGUCUCUGAUGUUCAACGGCCACGUGGAUACCGUGACCUUGAGCACGUAUGAAGGAAACGGACUGAGUGGGCAUCUUGGCGAGAAGGAUGGCAAACAGGCGAUCUUCGGUCGGGGGACGCUUGACAUGAAAGCCGGAGUCGCCGCAGGACUGUCUGCAUUGGCGAGCGCUCAGCGAUCGAGGCUUGCCGGAGAUGUGAUCGUCACUGCCGUGGCGGAUGAGGAGGAUGCCUCGCAAGGCACGAUGGAUGUGAUUGAAGCUGGAUGGAGAGCCGACGGGGCGGUGGUGCUGGAGCCCACCAACCUCAGGCUAGCACAUGCUCAUAAGGGAUUUGUAUGGGUAGAGCUGGAAGUCCAAGGACGCGCAGCGCAUGGCUCGAACCCUGCGGCCGGUGUUGAUGCGAUUAUGAACAUGGGGUCGUUGUUGCAGGCCUUGAAGCAGUAUCAGCAGCAGUUACCAGUGGACGAGGUGCUUGGUCAGGCAUCGCUGCACUGCGGACUGAUCAACGGCGGGGAUGAGGUAUCCUCGUACCCUGCCAGCUGUACAUUGACCGUCGAGUUCCGGACUGUGCCCGCACAGACAGAGGAGAUCAUUCUGAACGAUUUGCGAGGCCUGCUCACUCAGAUCCAAAGGCAAAAUGCCGUGUUUCAGUUCAGCGAGCCUCGUAUCACUUUUUCACGCCCGUGCCAGUACCUCCCUGAGAGUCACUCCCUCGUGCAACAGAUGGUUAAGAUCAGCAAGGAGGUUCUUGGAGAACCUGUUCCCGUGGUCAGUGUGCCAUUUUGGUGCGAUGCUGCCCUUCUAACUCAAGCCGGGAUCCCCAGUAUUGUCUUGGGUCCGACUGGCGAAGGAUUGCAUGCCAAAGAAGAAUGGGUAGAGGUGAACAGUGUGCGACAGCUGACAGAGAUGCUUGAGAGCCUUCUCGAUGAGACCAACCAUUUUCUCGAUCAGUCACCAGGCUCAGGCGCAUCGUCCUGGAAUCUCGCUCCUUCACUAGAAACCAGUAAUGGCUUCUUGGACUGGGAGCCGCUGUCAGACAAUGCAGCGUCUUUCGCACUUCCUAGCGAUCACUCAUCGUUCGACUACCCUCUGCAGCAAACCGAGCUACCUGACGUCCUCUCCAACGACAAUCUCUCGCAGCACGAUACAUUGGCGUCUUUUGACUACUCACUUGCAGCACAUCCUUCCCUCCCAGUUCAUUCAACCCGUCUUAAUGAUGACUUCGUCAGUGUCUCCCAGUGGUUGGAUGGUGCCUAUAGACCCCCCGUGCCUUGCAGCUACUGCCAACGCCACCGACUACAAUGUCUUAUCCUGCGCACCACUUCCGCGAAUCCCAACCCGGUCACCUCGUGCUCCAGUUGUGUCGCGCUUUACCGGGAGUGCAGCCUCGCACAAGGCGAGAAGCGCCAGGCUGCAGGAUUCGAAACCAUCUCCCCAGUGUUCGGUCAUCUGCACGGCCUCACGGAAGAGCACGGCGGUGGAACUGGGCCCUCGGAGCCCGGGUUCGAAGUAUCGGCAAGGCAGACGGACAAUGCUCUUCAGGCUGAGACGCAAAUGAGGCCGCGCUUCUCGCGCAAGGGCGCCAAAAUUCUGCGCGACUGGUUCAAUCGCAAUCAGCACUCCCCCUACCCGACCGAUGAACAACGCGCCGAGUUCGCCAGUCAGACCGGCUUCACCGAGCGACAGAUCUCAAAUUGGUUUGCCAAUGCCCGCCGACGCCGGAAGAUGGCGUUACGCACGCUGCGACCCAACCCCGCCACUCCCUCGCCUCGCGGCAGUUCCCCCAUGCCUAUUUCGAGGUGCGCGUCUUUGACGCCUAUGGAGCGAUGGCAGAAAUCUCCUCCCGACCAAGAUCCAGUCUCCCCAGCCAUCAUCCAGAAAGCUAUCGCCACUUCGAGCCUUCCCCCAGCAGCAGAAGGUGACUUCAGCCGAGACGAGCGCGUAGAGGCGAGUCAUCGCGGUGACGGUCAUGCCUACUCAAUCUCGAGUGUGGAAAGCGGACAGUUCGAGAGUGCGCGAUCCCAAGCAUCGUCCGACACGGCAUCCUCAGCGGCCUGGAGCUACAACUCGGAUGAUCAUUUCCCGUUCCCGCUGUCCGAUACGCGUCGACGCCGACACUAUUCUCGACGCAGGCCCUCAUCCACCCACUCACUCGGCGACCUCCAAUACCAAUGCACGUUUUGCUCCCGAUCUUUCAAGAAAAAGCACGACUGGUGCCGCCAUGAGUCAAGUAUGCACCUCUGUCUUGAGUCGUGGUUCUGCACUAUUGAUACCACUACACCUGAUGAUCCAGAGCCAGUGGAAUGUGAGUUCUGUGAAACUCCACGGCCCUCGCCUGCACAUCUAGAGUCGCACGAAUUCGACGUCUGCGCAGAUAGACCGCCGAGCGAACGAACAUUCGCACGCAAAGACCACCUGAUCCAGCAUCUCCGGAAGUUCCACCGGUGCACAAAGGUGCCCGCGGCGAGGGUCCAGGGGUGUCGCUCCACUCGUACCGCCGUGAAGAGUCGGUGUGGGUUCUGCGAUGCGGAGAUGCAGAGUUGGAUCGAGCGGGCGGAUCAUCUGGCGGACCAUUUCAAGAAGGGCCUGCGAAUGGAUCAGUGGGCGGGUGGCUGGGGACUGGAUCGCACAUCGCUGGCGAUGUUGAGAGAGGCUACCUUGCCGGCUCAACGCUCAUCGGGGUCGUGA